AUGAGCACUGGAGACUUUUUAACCAAAGGAAUUGGACUUAUCCAGAAAGCCAUCGAUCUGGAUACCGGAACUCAGUACGAAGAGGCGUACACAGCUUACUAUAAUGGAUUGGACUAUUUGAUGCUGGCGUUGAAAUACGAGAAAAACCCAAAAUCUAAAGAUCUCAUAAGGGCCAAGUUUACGGAAUAUCUGAACAGAGCAGAACAGCUGAAGGAGCAUUUGGAAUCGGAACAGGAAAACAAGAAGAACAAAAAGGACACACCUACCAAAAAAGCGAGUGCCAAUUCCAACAAUAGCAGCAAUGACGACGACGCAGACGACAAAAAAUUACGUGGCGCUCUAUCCGGCGCGAUUCUCACGGAAAAGCCUAAUGUGCGUUGGGAAGACAUUGCUGGUCUCGAGGGUGCCAAAGCAGCGUUGAAAGAAGCAGUCAUUUUGCCUGUUAAAUUCCCGCAUUUGUUCACUGGUAAUCGUAAACCCACGUCGGGCAUCCUCCUAUUUGGUCCACCAGGUACUGGUAAGUCUUAUUUGGCAAAAGCGGUGGCCACAGAAGCCAAUUCGACUUUCUUCAGCAUAAGCUCAAGUGAUUUGGUAUCGAAGUGGAUGGGUGAAUCCGAAAGAUUGGUCAAGCAACUAUUUGCAAUGGCCAGAGAAAACAAGCCGUCUAUCAUUUUCAUCGACGAAGUGGACGCUUUGACAGGCCAGAGAGGGGAGGGUGAAAGCGAGGCCAGUAGAAGAAUCAAAACGGAGCUGCUAGUCCAAAUGAACGGUGUGGGGAAUGAUGCUCAAGGUGUGCUUGUUCUUGGAGCUACAAACAUUCCCUGGCAAUUGGAUAGUGCCGUAAGAAGAAGGUUUGAGAAGCGAAUCUAUAUCCCGCUUCCCGAUCUUGCGGGCAGAACUCGUAUGUUCGAGCUAAACAUAGGCGAAACGCCGUGCUCGCUUACGAAAGAAGAUUACAGAACCCUGGGCCAAUUGACCGAAGGAUAUUCUGGUAGUGAUAUCGCGGUGGUUGUGAAAGACGCUUUGAUGCAGCCUAUCCGGCAAAUUCAAAACUCGACCCAUUUCAAAGACGUAUCGGAGGAUCCAGAACAUCGCAAAUUAAUACCUUGUUCGCCAGGGGACGAUGGUGCUAUUGAACUGAGCUGGACAGAUAUAGAAGCGGAUGAACUGCAAGAACCAGAGCUCAAUAUCAAAGAUUUCUUGAAAGCCAUCAAAACAACAAGACCGACAGUCAAUGAGAACGAUCUUAAGAAGCAAGAAGAGUUCACCAACGACUUUGGUCAAGAGGGUUUGUAA